AUGGCGAGAAUGGGACUCCAUGUUUGCGCCACCCUUGCGUGUGUUUUUGCCGGGUUCGGUUUGAUAUCUUGCUGCACCUUCGCCUCGCCCACACUUCUGUGCCUGGACAUCGACUACAACAACAUGAGCUAUAUCCAGUCUCUAAUAGACUUGAACGCCCCUGAGGAAUUCUACGCAUAUGGCGCAACCAACAUGGGCAACACAAUAAUCUCUUUCGGACAGAGAGAAAAUCUCAACUCGAUUACAUUGGCGGAUUGUGAUAUAGAUUCGUUUCAGGAUUCGGAUAUUUUCAAAGUGUUACCAGGUCUACGAUUUUUAAAUCUGACUAUCAAUGGUCUGACGGCCAUCCCCCAUCUGCCUAAGAGUCUACAGUGGAUAGAUCUAAGCGGCAAUGACCUCCUCUUCAGUGUGGCCAACUGGGACGAUACUUCUGCAGUCAAGGCGUUUUUCUCACCAUUGGAGGGACUAGAACUCUUACAAGACCUUGACCUUAGUCACAACGACCUCGGGUUCUUCGGCGGCUUUUCCAUCAGCAACAAGCUGAAGUUCCUCGACCUUUCCUACAACCCUCUUUACAAAAUAUGGCUCCAGAACACUCCUUGGAUACUGAAUCUCACAUACACUAACAUCGAAAUGAACGCCAAGUCCACCCGGAUUGACAACUUCGUCUUCCACCCGCGCGGGCAGCUGAAACGAAUUGACUUCAACAAUGCUGGCAUAGACAGGAUUGACACGAAUUUCCUUGAAACCUUGACUGCGUGGAGUGCUCAGUGUAACCUACAGAUCAGCUGGCAAUACAAUCCUUGGGUAUGCGACUGUCAUUCGGUCCAACUACGGGCAUGGAUGGUGGCGCUUUCGAGGACCAGCAUUAUUCCAGACUGGUUUCAGGAUGGAAUUACAUGUAACAGUCCGGCAAAAGUUGCCGGAAAUACGCUCGUUAGUGUUGCUGAGUCGGAUUUGGUUUCUGUUGGUGGAACAAACUGUCCAGUGUGA